AUGGGAGGGCAAGCCGAGGAAGAGGGCUCGAAGGAGGAGGACUUCAAGGAGAAGGAUGAUGCGGAGGAGGGGAUGAACUCUGAGGAGGAAACUGAGGAGGAGGGCACAGAGGUAGAUAGCGCGGAAGAGGUGGGUGGGAGGGGCACUCACUCGACAUACUGCUGGAUAAGGAAGAAGAGGAACAAGGUUAAGGUUUACCUAAAUAAGAUACAAGAGCUCUAG